UUGGCCCACUGUCAUCCAAACACACUGCCACUUCACUCGUGAUCCCCUAUCCUCCCUCCACCCCAGCCGCUCUGAGCGCGCCGGAGCUCCCCGCCUCCACCAGCCCGCCCGCGGCUGCCGGAUCUCCCGCGUGAUGGCGAUUCGCCCAUUCCACCGCUCCCCCCUAGCUUCCUUCCCUCUAUAGCGACGCCGAGCUUGAACUCCGGCCACGGGCACCCCGCCCGUCAUCUCAGAUCUGUGCCUGGCCGGCGUCACCAGGCCACCCACCGCCGGUCUUGUCCGGCCUUGACUGGCCGUGGGAGGCCCUGAAACUGACCGCGUCCGGGUUGUGAAGCUGAGGCGAAGCAUUACGCGUGGCGCCUGCUCGACGAAAUGUCGGGCCGCCGGAGCAAGAAGGCGUCGAGUGCGGACGGCGGCGACCGGAUCAGCGGCCUGCCGGACGAGGUCUUCCACCGCGUGCUGUCGCACCUGCCGGCGCCCGAGGCCGCGCGGACGAGCGUGCUAGCCAGGCGCUGGCGGGACCUCUGGAAGUCGAACAGCCGCCUGAGCGUCGCUUUUCCUUGGACGUCCAUGACUGUCAGCAGGACCGAGAGACUCGCGAGGUUAAUAUCCCAGCACGGGCUCGGUCGCAGCCGCAGCCACAGUCUCCGCCGGCUUCGGUUGAGUAUUGCACGCCUGCUGAGUGUCACUGGGGAUAGGACUGCGCUGGCUGUUGACAGGCUGAACAGGAUGGUGAAUCGCCUGCUUCUGCUCCGAGACCCUGUGCCGCUCGAUGUCUGCAGCUUCAGCUUUGACAGUUUUCCGCGUGUGGACGGUGCCGAAGUCGACGUCUGGAUCUGCCACGUGCUGUCCUGGCAAGUUCCGGUGCUCAUUGCCCGGCUUGGCACCAACGUUCACACGCAACUUGGGAACCAUUCUCUUGCCUCAGCGCACCUGAAGAGGCUAGAGCUUAGUGAGGUGAAGUUGAAGGGGAGUUUUCUUGAUUUCUCAUCAUGUACGGCGUUGGUGUAUCUGAGGAUGCAUGCUUGCAUUAUUGGUGUUGAGAAGAUCAUCUCCGAAUCACUCAUAUGCCUCAAAAUCACACACUGCAACUUCGACUUUGGUGCCGUAACGAUUAUUUCUGUCCCAAGUCUUCUUUUUCUUGUCUUAGCUUAUUGUGAAGGUCAAACUCCUAUGCUUGAAGUCAUGCCACGGUUGAUAAACGCAUCGAUCAAGCUUGGAUGGUUUGAUGAGGAUCGGUGUGGUAAAGAUACCAACGAGGAUCACUGUGGUGAAGGUACUGAUGAGGUUCAUUAUGGUGAAGGUACCAAUGAGGAUUAUCAUAAGCUUUGCAGGAACUGCUGCGGUGUAUGUGCAAACUGUUGUGGUAAUGACAGCAACCGUGACUGUGUGCUUCUAGGGGGUUUGUCAAGUGUUAAAUGCUUAAGAUUGGAUCCUUCCUAUCAAAUGGAACGUGAUCAGUGCAAUAUCGUGGACAAUGAAUUUUGCAAUUUCAUUGAAAAAUACGUUCAUCUGCCAUAUCUUAGUGUUGUUGAAGUUAGGUACAGAAAGGAUGGUUACAAGAUUUGCCAUUGGGAACUUUUGAAAAUCUUGGAAGUCUCUGCAGAAAAUCUGAAGCGAUUCAAUAUCAUCAGAGAUUGAGAACCGUUGGAGUGUUGAAGUCUCAAGGAUGGUGGGACUGCUGGCAACUAUCCGGGGAGGUGUGUGGAUGAAGCUCGUGGCCUUGGUGUUUGUGUCACCAUGUUUUGUAAUUCUCAGAUGUACCUUUACCUGGUUUAAAUGGUCCCUCACCUCCCUUGCAAUUUCGUUCAUGUAUAGCUUUGCAAAAACUAGGGUACGUUACUCAAGUAUGUGGUCACCAAAUAUUUCUAAUGUUUGAAAUUUGAAGAACCAACUGUUAGGAUGUAUAACGUUUGGUAUAUGGUGCUCAUAGCUUAGAAAAGGAUCUGUGAAGGCUUUUGCCCCUCAGCUCCAAGCACUUGACGAGGCUUCAUCUUAAUGAUGUGUUCUUAAAUCUUAAA